AUGUAUCAUCCAAAUUUCGUUCUUAGAUUACUCUCAACUUUAAUCCUUGCAAAUCAGGAUAUGAUACUGGAUCACACAUGGCCAAACCACCAACGCUGCGCGGGAAUAUACGGGCAGCCUGACUUCUCCCACUCCUCGCCAUCCUCCAUCUUCGUCGAAUUUCCGGAUCUCGAUCCUUCCACCCCAAGCGGGCUCGUCAGCGUCGUAAUCUUCGGGUUUCGAGAUGAGCAUCUGGGAGGAAUCACUGUCCAACACGGCAACGGGAAGAAAGGAGUCGGCCCCCUACUUUCUCCCUUCCAUAUCCUUUUGCUAACUUGUUGGGACAAAGAAAGAAACGCUUUGUACAAGAAAGAAUAUCGAGAGGAACAUCUGCCACGAAAAGGAACUAGGAACGUUCAUCAUUACGCCCACUGCUCGCCAGAAAGCAGGCAAUCCACUCAUUACGCGUGCGAUCAAUACCUCGCAUCCGGUAUCACUCAUUUACCCGCUGCAUUUUCGGGGCAGCCGUUUGAGGCGAAGAUGCAUAUCGUUGAUGGGCCGGGGAGGGGAAUUUUGCCUUCUUACAUGAAGUCUGCACUGACGUACUCGCGGACAUUGGCGUUUGUGGCUGUAUUUCUGGUGUCACUUUACGGAAUUUGGGCGGUUGGAAAGCAAGAGAGAAAUUCUAGACCACGCUGGAUAUUUGGAAUGAACGCACUCGUUGCCGCAUCAACGGGGGUUGCGGUGCUGAGAUGGAUCGACCUUGAACUUCAGAACGAAGACUUCGGAACCUUGGUUCUUUUCCCAUCGAUGCUGGUUACGAAUUUGCUACGCACCUUUCAGAUAAUGCUCGUCAUAUCCUAUGUAUCCAGGUCCUGCCAAGGAGAACAAGAUUCCGGUUCCUGGAAAUCGAAGGCGUCGAAAUGGUUCUGGAUCCCACUCGGUCUCCUGACAUCUAUUCUCACCACCAGAACUAUAUCUUCAGCUUAUACGUCCGUCGGUCUGGGUCUAGUCUUGAUAACAGCUGGUGUUUGUGCAAUCCUGGGGCUUCAACGCCUCGCCAAAUCGCAGCCAGGGUUCGAGAAGCGGAACGAAAACAGAUCGAGAACCGUCCUACAGUUUUCAACUAAGAGGAGGAAAAAGUUACUUUAA